GAUGCGAAAAUGGUGAAUGUGACAAAGGAGUGAUUCAGACAGACUGGUUACUUCACUUUAAUUUGGAUGUGUGGUUUUAACAUCGGAAAACAAGUUGUAGGUAAGAGUUCCUUCAAAUGCUUAAUCAAGGUCUGACAUCUUUUAAAAGCCCCGUGCAAAACAAGGGAAAAUUUUUAUCAUUUUAUGUCAAAAGCGUCCUCAUUAAUCCUGCCAUUUUUAAGUUUUUACUUUGUGCUCGUAGACAGAUGUGUAUUUCUAUCGAAACCCUAGCUGCACCUAUCACGAAUAAUCGCACAUAACGGCAAACAGCAGUGUCGAAGAUAGAAGUGAGAAUGAAUUUCGAAAACACCUUACCUGUACAAUAAGUGCCUGUGUAUUAAAGACAUUGAACUCAAGAUCUUGUUCGAUCAGCGACACAAUAACAACUGCAUGUUCGAAGGUGCAAAUAUUGCCUAGAAGUUUCUAAAGCUCGAAAAAGGCUAAAAAUAUCUGGAUAACAGUUUCCUUCUUUUUACGAUAUUCGAAAUUUCACAUGUUAUUACCAAGUUAUUGCGAUUAUUUUUUUUAGGAAAAGGUCUCGAUAAAAAUUCGGUAUAAACAACAAGUUCACUAGAAUCUUUAAUGAGAACGGCGACUAAAUGUCCUCGAACUGUCGUUAGGGUAGCUAACAGUUUUGUAUGAGAUGAAAAAUCUUUUGAGAUAUCCAUAGAUCCCCCCAAGACAUCCGAAAGGAUAAACAGCUUUUGGAGCGGCUAAAAAUUAACCAAAAGGCAUUUAAUAAUGCAUAGAGACAUGCAUAUAGUGACAUACUGUGAAACAUUUGGUCGUUGUGUGCUGCUCUUGUUCAAUGAGGCAUAAAUGCAAAAAGAAUUCGUUCCAGUUUUUGAGUGAAAUAGAGUCAGUUGUUUGCCAAGUAUAAGCCCCCAAACAAUAUUCAGGCAGAUAAAUUUAAUAAAGUACAUGAUACUGGACUGAAGUGUGGCAUCGCACCAGCUACCAUCAGUAGGUUUGGCAAGUAAAAGUUUUUUGCAUGGUUCCGCCCUUAAGUAAUGAUCCAGGUAAGGUAGAUAGCAAUUUCUUUUGUUAUGCUGCAACGGUGCUUUCCCCAUACAGACAUGUUCUCAUUUUUACACAGAAUGCAUAAACCUACAUGAAGGCCGUUUACGCAAUAAAAUGCAUUUACACUCCACUUUGAAACGGUGUUUUUUUGUGUUAAAAGAUUUUGACCAAUCACAAGAGUUGAAAACAAUAGCCAAGAAAAGUUUACAAUUUUACAUGUUCCCCACAUAGGAUUUCUUUGUUAUUCAAACUGAGACCAGAUUUUGUUAUAUGGAAGAUGGUUGGAAAGUAAGGAUGAAUGUAUGUACUGCUUUAUGACGUUUUGUUAACUUUUGUGCUGAUUAAGCCAAUCAGAAGUAAGUACAGACAGUAGAAAAGUUAACACCUUUUUUGCAUUCCAACAUGUUCGUUGCCGUUGUUGCAAUCGUUCUUAUCUGCACCGUUUCUUACUAAGCGUGUCGAUGUAUUUCCUUCAAACGUUGACGACGAGUCAAAGAGUUAUGCGGAAUAAUUUCACUAGUUCGUUUUUGUACCUAUAUGUCCUACUGAUCCUUUUGAAAAGACGGAUUUUUUGAACGCCAGUAAGAAAAUCUUGAUUGGUUUAAGCCCUAAAUAUUUCAAAUACAGGUUUCAUUCGAUGUGCGACAAACGCAGACUGCAGACUUGCGGACAGGUAAACGAAGUAAACAUAAUGUUGUGAAAUGUCCUAACAGAUUCCCUAUCCCUAAACUUUAAGAGCCGGUUAUUUAGACGGAAUUUAAGCAGUGUUAAACAAACCGCGUUCUAAGUCAUUUUCAGUUUGGCCAACGCUUUUAUCUAAACACCGUUUGUCGUGAACAGUCAUUUCAUUAAAGCAUAAAGUGCAGACUCGAAAAGCAUUUGUCUUCGUAAAUUAAGGGCCUGUCGAUAUAUUCACUUUUCCACCGCUCAACGUCAACUGGACGUUUAGAUGGGAGAGGGUAAGGCAAUGGACGUUAGUGCGGGGCGUUUUUGGACAAAAGCAAACUGAAUAGAUGUAAAAAUGAGUGGAGUGGCACUCGUGACAUUAGUUAAGAGAAACCAGGGAGAAUUAAAGAAGUGAGUGUAAAUUGUAAUCUUUUUAUAAAACUCUGCUCUUAUAAAGUGUUCUGAUACUACAGUUUCUCUAGGACCAUACCGAUGUUUUUCAAUCGCCUUAGAAGUGGUUUUAUCCUUGUCCGAUUUACCAGUGAUUGGCUAUGAAAUAACGUUUGUCAAAAUGCAGUUUUAAGUAAAAUCGAUAUCGCCAUGACAACAAUAAACAAAAACUUUGAAAUCGAUUUAAUCCGAAUUUCCCGCGAUCAAGAUCUGCUACUGAAAAUCCGACACCAGGAGCUUAGUGUGGUGUGGUGUGAGUGUGGUGUUUAGAAAAUAACCUCUGUAAGAAGUAAAAAAUUCUGUAUGUUUGAAUUCAAAUAAAACAUAAAUGUAUGUCAAUUUUGAAUAGCCGUGAUAAACUGUUGAAAAAAUUAAUGUUAAGUAGCGUCAGAUUAAGGCUGCUUAAUUAUCAUUAUUCGAUGCAUAGAAAUUUUAGUGUAUUUUCUUUCCUGCGAUCCUAAAAACUGAACCAGUUUUCUCACCACCAGUCUAAUUGCAACUUUAUUCAAAAUUUUGACUUUAAGACCUUCUUUGUAUAUCUCUAAAACCGCUCAACAGAAUUCUUUUUAAACCUCAUCACACAAUCCCCAUGAUAUAUAUAAUUAUGUAGGAAACUUUCAUUGAGAUUGAUUCACUGCAGCACCUUGAAAUUUUAAGACGAACCUAGUCUACGAACAGAACAAAAAUCCGCGUUACAACAUUCACUGUUUUGAAGUUGUGCUAAUUUUUCCAAAUUCAAAUGUUCGCCAUACAUACCUCCAUGGCUAGUGCAUUUUAGUAUGACUUUAUUGCAUAUUUUUUAAUGUAAAACAUUGAUAAUGUUCACAUCGGAAUGUAUUUAAUAUGAGAACGGUUUUCGCUAAAACGAAUUCAACAUCUGACCUGUGAUGUGAUCCAGGAUGGUUUUCAUCUCUUGGUCAGGACCUUGUCGUUUCAUUGCGCGAUUCAUCAUCAGUGUUGCUAUGAAGGAAUUUGACAAAUCUGUGGAGAGCGAGGAGAGGAUUCAUGUCUGCAUGCAUAGGUGUUAAUUCGUAUUGAAAAAGAGGGUUAUAACUACAAGCAGGAAUGUUCCAUUUUUCCUUCGUUGGUGGCUUGGUAACAUGCCUCUUUGUGCCGGUGCCACUUUUAGAUCCCCUAACAUGCCACAAUUUACAUCUGGCGGCGAAGAAUAUCGUACACAAUUCCAGAUCCACCUUCUCAUGUAUUUUGAUUUCUGGAAUUUCAUCUUCUCCCUCCCUUCCCAUAUUACGUGUUUCUUUCAUGUAGUCGCGAGUGAACUGGAGUUCCUUUGCUGCCCUUUUGUCUUGAAUUUCUUGCCUUCCGUCUUUGUAACGGAUAUCCCAUCCUUUUCUCCAAACUAAAAUUUGGGAAAUGAAUGCCUGGCUCGAUUUCUUCCUUCUACGAAAGAGCCGCAUAUUCCCCGCCCUCCCCUUAGAUGUAUUGUCUAUGUACGUAUCCGUUUUUGUUUUGUCUGUGUCUGUAUUGUGUGUGUCGUGUGGAGUGUGUGUGGGAGAGAGGGGGGGGGAGGGAGAGAGAGAGAGAGAGAGAGAGAGAGAGAGAGAGAGAGAGAGAGAGAGAGAGAGAGAGAGAGAGAGAGAGAGAGCUUUCGCGCGCGCGCGCGCUGUCGCCGGCGCUCGCAUAAUUUAACUUAUUUUAGGAAUAUAGAUUUAUUGAUUCUGUUUUAUAUUCAGUCAUUCAUGCUACUCUUGAUCUUGUGAAGGUUUUUGGGAGAUUAUUACAGGUUGUCAUGAGUCAAGUGGCAAAGGAAAGAAGUGUUGUUUUGACUGCUGACAAUUCCGUGUGCCUAACGGAACAAUUCUGGUAAGCGAUACGUUGUUUUAAGGAGUAUGAAAGUAAAGUCUUUAUAACUUUUUUCGGAGGUCAGCGCUGCUAGAAAAACCUGGAGCACUAAACGAGAAAUAACCGACUUAGCUGGUUCCCGCUAGUUAUGAGAGAAAGUUGUUUCAUUCAAUUCCUUUAUCCACUCAAUGUGCACGCGCGUUGGGUAUCGUAAUCGACUGAAAGUCUUGGCAAGGCUUACAUAAGGUGGCAAGAAAGAGCGGGAAUAAUUAUAAUUCAGUGACUUUAGGAUGGGUCCCUCAUCUCAAGGAUUAAUACAAAGUCCCGUUACCAAGCCCAUCGGGGAGAUCACUAAUCUAAAUAUCAACGUAUUCUGGCUGCCUGGCAUUUUUAACCCUUAGGCCCACUUACUGUAACGUUGAAAUUUUUUCCUUCUUUUUCUUCUUCUAAGACUGGGGUGAAAUUGACUGUUAUUGUUGUUUUUGUUCUGGUAGGGCACCCUUUAAAGACAAAAAAAGAACACUUACAGAACGUAACUGGAGUCGCCAGAGGGAGGUACAUGCCAGACUUUCCAAUAUUCAAGUGACACCCAACUCAUAAGCACUGGAAAGGUAUCUUGCAAAUGGAAUAGUUGUUUUUCAAGUUCCUGUUUUUUGAAUGGGGUUUGGGAUCUUUAGAUAAGAAAAAAAUCAUGGAUUAAGUGACAUUAAUGGCGCGACAUUAUUUCCCUAACUUUUUUUAUUCCGAACAGGGUACGGCAUUUUAAAAUUUUAGGUUAAAUUUUAUGAGUAAGAUAUAUUUCCUUUAGGUUGCAAAGAGAAGAAAGAAAGCAAUAGAGUUCGAAGCUUUCCGGAGUUUAAGAAGAGGAAGAACUGAUCAGAGAGAGGCUGAAAGGUAUUUACUUGUAAUUGAAUCAUGAUAUGAUUCUUAAAAGUUCAUAAACUGUGAACAAUAAUGCUCUUCAUUGUUCUAUGCUCAGUGAUAGCUCAGCUUUCCAAUCGUUUCGUAACCUAGAAAUAGAAACGAUUGAUUAACCAUGAUGUUUUUUCUUAGUCCGCUAAGUCGAUAUCCCCAAAUAACGCCUAAUAAAGGAAGAGAAGGCGGAGGCUGCUCAACUUAGCUAACCUCACGAACAGUUAGUGAUCUUGGUUCUCCGUCUUCAAGUGGAAUGCUGCUGCGGUAUUCACAGGUACGGAAAACUCACUUUUUUGACUUUUAAAUUAGUGACCAUUUUUCAUCACUGACAAUCCAUUGGCUAUAGCUGCCUGUCUGAAUGUUACUACGAUAAUCAAGGAGGCUUCGGAUAGCUGUGAGAGUUUUCUAACCAAAAGGACAUUUAAAAGUUGGUGAUUGCAUGCGCCUUCUUUUUAUCUACUGAACUAUUUUUUAGAAAUGUUUUGGUUAACCCCCAAUAUAGAUCAUGUGACAAUACUUGAAAGACUUGAUCAUUCGUCUUGUUCAUUAAAAACUGCGCAUUCGAGCACGAUUAUUACCAAAUUCGAAAGGCACAGUGAUAUAAAUCUCAGAAGCAAAAUGUUAAAAGUGAAUAGGGUCUAUUUCAAGUGUAAUUUGCGGCUCUUUACUUCAUAUUUAGUUGAGACUUAUGCGCAACAUUAUACAGUACAGAAGGACACCAGCACUCCACGAGAGGUCUAUCACCUUAAAUACAGGGAUGCAGUCUCACCUUUAGUUUUCCAGAUGAAGACCGUGAAGCUAUGGUUGUAACCAUUAACUCUUAAAAGCUUUCUCGUGUGAUCAUUACAGACACAAGAGGAAGAAAAUUUGAGUUCAAGUUGCAUUUUUAUGGAUAUAAAUUAAUGUAAGUGUCAAAUAGCCAACUAGGAUCUACUGCCCACUUGGCUCUUACUUUCUUGUUAAAAGACUGAUAAAAUACACAUAAGGAUUCAAAAAUAUCAAAGUUAUCGGACAACCACAAAAUUGAGGGUGAACUUUGAUACUAGCCUUGCUUAUUUAAACCGUGACCUUACAAAAGAUUUAUAAAAAUAACUAAUGCACCGAUUAGCGGAUGAAGUUCGGUGUUUAAAAUAAAUAUGACGAAUAAGUGGAAAUUAAAAAAUUAUGUGCUCGUUAACAUGAUGGUUCGAGUUUUUAAGCAAACAAUUUACAAAUUCAUUAACAAUAAAAGGUGAUACAAAUAACGCGUGUGCCUUAGCAAUAACUUACCAAUGAGUAGAUAACGGUUAAAAUACAUACCAUGUUAUGUCUUGGCGCACGCGCGUCAACAACACCUGACACGAUAGCGAACGCGCGUUAGCAAACAAUUUACUAAGAAUAAGUGGGUUAUAGUAUCUUGCAAUACAUUACAAUACAAUAUUCUUUAUUUAACGAAGGCGACGUAAUUAACCCAAUGAGUUAUCUAACUUACGGCUUUCAUGCGCGCCGUCCGCAAACAAUUUACUGAUGACGAAGUAGAGCCUAAUAAUGUCAUACACUGAAGUGGAGUGAGUGAGUUUGCGAACUUACAAAUGAUUAUGGAUAUGGGUGACACUAUCUUACCGUGUGCGAAUCACCAAUUAGAGGUUACAAAUAUCAUACGAUACAAUUGAGUGCGAGCUUUUAUAAAAACUAACAAAUGACUUACUGAAGGGGGAUAACAUCAUAUGACAUGAUACCACCGUGCGCCCGUUAGAAGACAAGCAACACAUAAAUAAGUAGAUUGUAACAACUGAAAUUUACCAUUAAAUGGUCUGUGCGUGUUGUAUACUACUGAUAAGCAAGUAGAGGGUAAUAACAUCGGUUUUAAAGUAAUAAUAUCGUAUAUGAUGGUAAACACUCACUUGAAUAACGAGAUGCCAGUAAUAUCGAAAGAAAUGCUCAUGCGCGCUUUAGCAAACAACUUAUAAGUAAAUAAAGAGAGGGGAAUUAUAUGAUAGUGUGCGCAUUAUUGAAAAAGUAACUUAUGAAUAAGUAGAUGAUUACAAAAUAUUAUAAUCUAAUAGUCUGUAUCAUACGAUAUGAUGAACAAGUAGAUUGUUGUACUAUUUUUAGCAUUUUAUGGGGUGUGCUCAUUUGAGUAAUUGCAAAGUAAAGGGUAAAUAUCAUAUAUGAUGGAUCGCGGGCUCUUGAAACAACUUACAAAUGACUUACUGACAGGGUUAAUAUUAUGUGACAUGAUAGCCUGCAUUAAUAAUCAACCCAUGUACGAAUAAGUAGAUGGUCACAAAAAAAACUUAAAAAUAUUGACUUGUAUCAUAAGAUAUGAUGAUGCUCGCUUAUUUAACAACAUAAAGGGUGAUAAUAUCACGUGGCAUAAUAGCGUGCGUGCGUUAGAAAACAACUUUUAAGUGAAUAAGAACGAUAUCAUGAUGGUGUGCGCACAUUAGCAAACAACUUACUUAUAAACAACGACGUGGAUACAGAAAUUAUUGUAUUAAAUGGUUUGGGUGCAUUUGCAUGGUACUUAUAAGUAAGUGGAGGAUAAUAAUUUCCUAGACAUGAUGGAACACACGCGUCUACUGACAAAGUAGAUACUAAUAUUAUGAUAAUAUAAAUGCCAUGUUUGUGUUAGCAAAGUACUUAACUUAAGAAUUGGUUGAUGAUCAUACUAUCCCACUAUCUAAUGCCUUGAACACAACUUGUACGUGAGUGAAGGGAGAAUAGCUUUAAUGGAUUUAAUGGUGAGUGCGCAUGAAGGUUAUAGUCAAAUACGAUAGGAUGGUGUGCGCGCAACAAACUAAAUAAGUCGAAUGUCACACGAUAUCAUGGAGUGCGCCUUAUCAAACAACUUAUAAAUAAUAAAUGCAUGAAAUGUGAUGGUGCGCGCGCGUUUGUUAACAAACUACUGGCGAAGCAGAGGUUAAUAAUCUCGUUCGAUCCGAUGACCUUACAAGUAAAAGUGGAGGGUGAUGAUAUAAUGUAAUUUGGGGGAAUGCGCGCGUUUGUCAACAACUUCCUACCAACGAAGUAGGAGCUCAAGACACGUACGAUAAAAGGGGAAAAGAUAUAAUAUGGUACAAUAAUAAAGGCCUGGCCGCGUUACAGGUGUUAAAAUGUUACAUUUUAGGUCAUAAUAUCGUACCAUUUAUUUGCAUUCCUUCGUAUCAUGCAAGUAAAUAAAAGUAAAUAUCGCACGAAACGGCGUAGGUAAGUUAAAAAACCCCUUGGCGUUGAACUACACUAGAGUGAUAAGACCAUAAGAGAGAAUGACGAAUGCAAAAUAGGCAAAGACUUAAUAUUAACACUAGAAAUUGGAGAGAUAAAUGAUUAAAACUUUAAAAUAAAUAGCUAUUAUCACUCAUCAAGGCCAGAGUCAAAAUUCACCCUCAAUGUAUAGGAUUAACUUCAUUUAAAUCAACAACUUCACGUGAAUUGUUGAAUGCUUCACCUUCGAUGUUUAAGUGCAGGAGUCAAAUGGGUCAGUUUUUCCAGACGAGGGUCUCUCGGUUGCUUUUAUGGAUAUGUAUAAACAUCCAUUUUUAGAAACAGUUUUUGCUUACACUUUCCUGGAGCUAUUUUCAACGAGUUAUGGUUCACAUUCUUUCAAGUGUGCUUUGACCCAGCCGGAGCGGUCUUUGAUUGAGGGGUUCAGCUGGCCCGGGGUUUUCCUCCAAGGGGCAAGUGGACCCACGAGGAGGUUUUUCACCCAGCUGUUGUUCCACAACUCCUCUUUCAUUUGUAAAUGACUUGAUAAAACUGCGUUAUACAUGUAUCCAGGUUAAAACCAUGAAUAAAAAGUAGACUUCGCAUCAAACGUCUUCCUUGUGGCUGCAUUUGUGGGAUAUUCUUUAAAGAAUUUGAAAUGUUGCCAAGUAAUGGUGGAAACGUCAUCCCCUUUUUUUAAGGUCUUCAUGGGAAUAACGAUAUAACGAGGAUAAGGAGGCAUAAAACCAUUCAUUUUGCAGCGACUGACAUUUUCUUCUUAAAAGCCCACUUGUCGAUUCGUAACGAAGAAUAAUAGACCUUUUUAGCAUGUACGUUCAGAGAACAGUUUCUUUCAAAUGUCGUCUUAUGCGUGUUUAUAUGUACGCAAAAUGUUCCUUGAGAACAUCACGUGGUCUCAACGUACAUGCUAAAAAGGUCUAUUCACGUAAAUAAAGGUGAAUAUCGGUGAAAAUCCAUACAAGGCUACCUUUUAACCACAAAACUACCACCAGAAUUCUGAUUCAAGAAUUCUUGACAGCCUUAUUGAAGGGCUAAGAAGGACCAUAUUUGAACGUUAUGCAGCAUCACUUGAGAUUUAUCACUUCUCAUUUCUUGGUAAGACGUGGUAAGCCUUGCUCAAGGGAAAUCAAAUAUUUAAACAGGUGUAAGUAAGAGUACCCGGGGGAAAAAACCUCUGGAAGCAGAGCACCAACAACAAACUCAGCACACAAAUGACGCGAGACCGAUAAUCGAACCCGGGUCACAAUGGUGAAAACAACGAAUUAUAGGGAGUGUUAUUUUAUGUUCUGCCAAGUGGAGUACGGACACUACAGGAUUUUUGCUACAUCUAAAUUGUUUGCUUUUAAUUUCUCCAUGAAUUCACAAUUUAAUGAAUCUUACAAAAGUCAAUGUUAAAUAUGACGCGAGGGUAAAAGAUAUUCAAUCAUAAAUACUUGAGGAAAAAUCAACUGUCUUCUGCUGCAAAACUGAAACUUCGUUUAACAGGGUUUCAAAAACCUAAUUUGCAUAAAAGUGUCCUGUCACAAACAAGCUGUGGAGUGCAGCAAACGUUUUCUGUUUAUUUUAACUGAUAUAUUAACCAAGGCAAAAGAUGGCAUUGGUAACCUCACGGAACGAGGACGGCGACAAAUACGAAAAAAAAAAAUUGUUCAUAUGCAUGAGCAAAAACAAUGGCUUUGCGCGUGUAGCACGUCGUCAUUCUCGUCACCAGAGCCUCGGAUCUUAUGUCUGCGCAUGACCCGAGGCUCUGGGAAGCUCUAUGCAGAAGAACAUGUGCCGUAGGAUUCUCCCAAAAAUUAGGGAGGUUAACAAACAACAACGGCUACGGCUACGGCUACGGCUACGACAACGCCAAAAAGCAUUAAUAUUAUUGGUUAAAAGAAACAAAAUGAUCGUGCUGCAC